UGGAUUCUCAAAUGAAACGUUGCAGUAUCAUAGAGUGCGGUAUUCCAGUCCAUGGGCAACAUUGAGCAGAAGUUUUGGGACUUCGGAGAUUUUCUUUGCAGCAGGUAGACCCUCUGUCAGGACCCAUUCUUUGUCCAGCUGUGGUGUACUCAGCCGCAAAGUCCAUGACGGUUGCUAACGGUGACACAUUAGCUCUCAUUAUGCCUGUCCGAGCAGAGUGCUCCAGUAGCACCGGCUCGGCCCGCCCAUCCUCGGCCUCUCUUGUUCCCCCUUCCCCGAUCAACACCUACCAGCCUGGGGUGGCUACUUCGCUAAUGUACAGCGGCUCACAGUUUCGGGGUUAUCAGAAGAGCAAAGGCAACUCAUACGACGUUGAGGUUGUUUUGCAGCAUGUGACUGUGGAGGACUCAUAUUUGUGUGGAUACCUGAAGAUCAAAGGCCUGACUGAGGAGUAUCCCACUCUCACAACAUUCUUUGCUGGAGAAAUUAUCAGUCAAAAAAGGCCAUUUUUAACUAGGAAGUGGGACGCAGAUGAGGAUGUGGACAGAAAGCACUGGGGCAAGUUCCAACCUUUUUACAAAUACGCCAAAAGCUUCAACUCGGAUGACUUUGACUAUGAAACGCUGAACAACAGUGAUUAUGUCUUCAUGAGGUGGAAGGAGCAGUUUCUAGUUCCCGACCACACUAUCAAAGACAUUAGCGGUGCCUCCUUCGCUGGCUUCUAUUACAUCUGUUUCCAGAAGUCCACAGCCACUAUCGAGGGGUAUUAUUACCAUAGGAGCUCAGAAUGGUACCAGUCUCUAAACCUAAACCAUGUUCAAGAGAACAGUAUGCCUAUUUAUGAGUUUCGGUGACAAACGCACGCACGAGUGUCGAGGAGCUUGCAGUUCAUAAUGCCCUGCGGUGAAAUGGGAUGGGAACAACGGAGAGCCCUUUAGUGCCAAGAUCGGAGCUGACCCGUUUUUCUCGCUGCAGGGGAAUUUAACAUGUGGUCAGAUACUCCUAUGCUGAAAGAAAGAAGGCACAGAGAGAGAAGAGUUUAAAGGAGGACAAAGAUCAGUGACAGAUGGAAGGUUCUUACAGUCACUGUAGUGCUCAUGUUUCCUUUUUUUAAUUUAAUUUAGUCCUUUUUUGGUCUUUUUUAAUUUAAUGUUGUGCUACCAGAUUUUGUUUCAUAGUCUGUCUUCCUUUCGCCGGACAUCAAAAUAUGUUCGUUUUCCUUCUGUGGAGAAACAUAAUUGCCUUUUAGCUAAGAUUUGCAAAAGAAAAUAGUAUAAAGGUUAUAUAUUUGUAAGAAGAGUUUUGUUCCGUACAGCUUGAUUCAAAGAAUCUUAUUUUAAAUAUAUAACAUCAGCUUUAACAGAAGAUAGUGUUUUAAUGCAGAGCAUGAUGGCGGGGCUUAUCGCCAACAGGUUGCUAAGGUCGUAAUGAUAAGCAGUGGUCUGUAAGACUAAGUUGUGGUCUGUGGCUCAGGGAUGGUGUGUAUGGCCAAUACAUAUUUAAUAACUGAAAAAGAUGAAUGUGGGAAUUGGCUGAGUUAGGAUUACAGUGUUGUUGAUUUCCACCAGGGCGUUAAUAAUCAAUCAUUUCAAAGCUUCAAACACAGUUGUCUCAACAUCUUGGCAAAAAGUCUUCAAAUCGUAUCAAAAUGUCUAUGCAAGCCAAAGGUGACUAAUAGGUAGGAUUUCUAACAGCACCUAUUUGAUUUUCAGAUGAUUUAUGGCAGUGAUUUAUUUAUUUUUUAAUUUAAGAAUGACAACAAGUGAAAAUGCAUAAGGAAUUAAGAUUUAGAGAAGAAAUAAUUAAGUAGAUUUAGUUACCAGCAUUUGAAGCUCAGACAUGUGACAGAACAUUCCAACUCCAUUAGUUUCAAUCAUGUAAGAUUUUCAGUCACGUAAUAGGUGUUGAUAAACGGUUGACGAGAACAUUAAAAGUUUCGUGGCACAUGGAGUUUGGCUGACUGGAAAAGCAACACGGCAAAAAUAAUGCAUUGAUUUGAAUGUUAAUCUUCAACACAGUCUGUAGAUACGUUCUAACUUGUCUUUAGUUUCAGUCACAUUUGUCUGUAUUAUUUUCAUCUUUAGAAGCUGUUAAAUGUAGUUAAAUAACUUGAUUUUACUGCAUUUUCCUCUUAACCUUUACAUAAAGUCACUCAAAAUGACUGUACCCAGAGGCACAACAGUGGAGGUAACAAAAAGCUUCACAUAACGUGCUUAUCUACACUGUGUACUGUUCUGUCGUCAGUGGAAAAUGUGUAAAAGAAAACCUUUUGUGACUUAUGGAGAAAAGUAUAAAGUAGGAAAGUGUGAUGGAGGAAGAAUAAAACAUUUGAUGCUAAGGGAAAAACCUGUUGCCUUACGAUUUUUAAGGUUUGUAAAGUUCCUUUUAAAAAAGACAAAUUAUUAGGUCAGUAAUGUUUUAUUUGAACAAAAUCAUAAAGGUAUAUUUCAGUGUUGAGGGAUUGUGCAAAAAAAAUAACUGAAUGUCAUCAGCAACCUGAGGAUGCUGACAGUUUGUCUGGAAAGGGUUGAAAUAAGAGUGAUGUGCUAGAGAGUGCAUGUACUCCGCCGGCCACUGUGUUGCUUAGACUAUCAGCUGGCUCGGGGAUUAGGAGGGUUGUGGGAAUAAUGUUGGCACUGUUGUUUUUUUGUUUUUUUUAAACCAACUAUGUGGAUUGAAGUUGUACAAUCCAAAUUUCCUUUUUUUAUUUUUAAAUGUAUAACAGAACACAACAAAAUGUUCAAUGUCAUAAACAGAUGUUUAUUUGGGAGGGAGUCAUUCAGGCGUGACUGAAUUCACCUGAUUUAAAGAAGAUGAUGUAUAAUCAGCUAUGAGUGCGUUUUGUGAGGAGAAAUAAAGUGUGAACUAUUUCAUA